AUGCCGCCGCCCCUCUGCCUGCUCCUACUCCUGCUCUCAGGGGCCGCGGCCACCGCAGCCCUGCCCCUUGAGGGUGGCCUUGCCAGACACGACAGCCAGCAUCUGCAGGAAGUGAUAGAAAUGAAGAAAAACAGCCUCUUGACUUUCCUGGCUGGGCGGUACCAGUGGGCCUCCCAGGUGGGCGCAGCACCCUUCACAGGAGGGGCAGGUGGGGAGGUGGCCAAGCGGCAGGACAUCCCGCCCCCUCAGCGGUCCCUGCAGGAGAAGGCACCUUGCAAGGAUUUCUUCUGGAAGACCUUCUCCUCCUGCAAAUAA